AUGUCCUCCAGGGAUUUGGCAACAGGCUUGGUCAUCUUGUCCCAGACUGUAGUUGGGGUGCUGGGGAAUUUCUCUCUUCUCUACCGUCACAUCUUUCUUUAUGUCACUGGAUGCAGGUUAAGGUCCAUAGAUUUGCUUCUCAAGAACCUGAUUGUAGCCAACUCCUUGUCCAUCCUCACUUGUGGAGUCCCCAGGACAAUGGCGGCAUUUGGGUUGAAAGAUUUCCUCAAUGAUACUGGAUGCAAACUUCUUCUCUACUUUCGCAGUAUUGGCAGGGGUGUGUGCAUUGGCAGCACCUGCCUCUUGAGUAUCUUCCAGGCCAUCACCAUCAGCCCCAAUAACUCCAGGUGGGCAGAGAUUAAAGUGAAAGCUCCCAAUUACAUCGGCCUCUCCAUAUCCCUGUGCUGGCUCCUCUACAUGCUGAUAAAUAUCAUUUUUCUUGUGUUUAUGACUGGCAAUUGGAGAAAUGAUACCAUCAUAAAGAGAAAAAAUUUCGGGUACUGUUCUUCUAAAUAUCAUGACAGAAGUGCAGACUCACUGUAUGCUGCAUUGUUAUCAUUCCCUGAUGCUCUAUGUUUGGGGCUCAUGCUCUGGGCCAGUGGCUCCAUGGUUUCCAUCCUUUACAGGCACAAGCAGAGGGUCCAACACAUUCACAGGACCAGCCUCUCCCCGAGGUCCUCCCCUGAGUCCAGAGCUACACAAACCAUCCUUUUACUGGUGAGCACCUUUGUAUCCUUUUACACCAUCUCUUGCAUCUUUCAGAUUUGUAUUGCUCUGUUUGAUAAUCCUGGUUUGUUUCUGCUGCAGAUAGAUGCAAUAUUUGCUUUGUUUUUUCCAACUAUCAGCCCAUUUGUUCUCAUGGGCUGUGAUUCCAGUCUUUGGAGACUAUGCUAUAGGUCAUAAGCUUUUAAUAUAGGCCUUUUUUGGGUGGAUUACUACCUUUGUAAAAUUAAGUAUAAAUAUUAAAGAUAUGCUAAAAAUUGUAUCUUUUGCAAUUAUUUACUCUAGACUAGAUUCCGUUUAAUAUCAGUCACAGAAUCUUGCAUAUCACCUUAGAUGGUACAAAAACUAAUCAUUUGCGCCCCACUGAUAUAUCACAAAAACCCAAAAUUGUCU